AUAAGGCAAAACAGUGGAUUGAGGAAGUUGAACGCAUCUUUGUGCUUCUGAAGAUGCCUGAGGAAGACAAAGUGAACUAUGGCACUUACCUGCUGAAAGGUGAUGCCAUGGAUUGGUGGAAAUCAACUCUUGAGAUCCGGUAUGCAGGCCAACCGUCAAUUUCUUGGAAGCAGUUUAGAGAUUCCUUCCUCAACACCUACUACCCAGUGCAUGCUAGAGACAAGAACAUGCAAGAGUUUCUUGAUCUACAGCAAAAUCAAAUGAGCUUGGAGGAAUAUAUUACAAGAUAUCGACACUUGGAGGCGUAUUGCCCACACUUCUACACCACAAACGGAGCUAGAGCAGGUAAGUUUGUGCGUGGUCUGCGGGAGGGACUGCGAACCAAAGUUUUGACGAGCAGACCUCGUGACUUGGACGAGGCGGUCACUAUGGCAAGAUGUAUAGAAGAAGACUGGGCGAGGACACAGAAGGAUCACCAGAAGAAAGCAAGCCAGCAUUCACAAGGUGGACGAACCCAGGUGAAGCGCCACCACUUUGCAGGCAGGACAAGGCCUUAUGAGAGGCGGGAUGAUCGAACUUUCAGACGGAACCAGCCAACCCGUAGUGAGGCCACCCAGGGGUCAGUGGCUACUCCGACUUCUCAGAGGUGCCCUACUUGUUCGCGUGUGCACCCUGGAAAGCCGUGCUAUCGAGAGAUCGGAGCUUGCUUACACUGUGGAAGGAUGGGGCACUUUAUCAAGGAUUGUCCCUUAAGGAAAGAAAGAGAGUUGAAGAAGCCAGAGGCCGGUCCUUCUAGCGCACGACAGACGACUGGACGUGUCUAUGCUACUACCGUGGAGGAGCUUCAGGCACACGACCUUGUUGAAGGUUUUGGUGUACCCGGGGCAGCAGGCUGAGCAGAUGGCUACACUCACGUCCUACUGGGGAGGUUUUGGGUUUUGUUUUGUUCUUGUAGUGCCGGCGCGUCGGGUUUUUGGUUUUUACUGAUGCCUUGUUUUGAUGAGGCAUCGAUGUUGUGAUUUUGGGGCAUUUUUGUCAAAUGUACAAUUGAAUUGAAAUGCUAUAUAAUGGAAAGCUUGCCCCAUUGUUUUGAAUUGCUUGGCUCAUUCCUUUUUGAACUAUUGUGUAGUCACACCUCGAUGUUGGAUGUUAGAAAAAAAAAAUGUUUGAGUGUCAAAAAGGUCGGGGUGUGACAGACUACAUUUAUCUGAUGUCGUUAUCCAUGAUGUGUGAAAAUUAAUGUGUGGUACAGCUGCGUUAGGUACAUAAAUAGACAAGUUGUUGGUUGGUUAAGACUGGUUUUGCUUGUUUCCUGCUGAGAUCGUGAGGAGGAGCUCGAGACAGCCCUGUUCUGAAACAGCCUGUGACAGGCGACAGUCCAGCUCCUUGCCUUGACAACGAGUGGACCUUAGGUUGGGCAUUUGCCCCCCAUCUUUUGGCCGUCUGUAGAUAAUCAUCCCAGCAAGCUUCAGUCCAAAAUUCAGCUCGAUCCAAGCUCUGGAUGAAUUUUGGCGGAUUUUAGAAGAUUCAGCCCUGUUCUGCCUUGAAACUGCCUGCGACCAGUCUCAAUCCAACGCCUUCCUGCAUCAACGACUGGACCUUAGGGUGGUCUGUUAGCAGUUUUUUUUUUCAGAUUGCUGUUUUUUUGUUGGCUGUGGGUUGCUGUCAACAGUUGGACAGCGGUUUGCUUGCUCUUGUGCAUCUAACGUGGCUGUGUGGGAAGUUUGGUCUUGCUGAUCAGUCUCUUUUUCAAUAUAUAUAUAUAUAUAUAAUUUCUCUUGCCUGUGGUGGUUGAUCCCUUGUGGAUAGAUUUGCAAUGGCUGAAAAUCUCAGGACUGAUUUUUCUCAUGAGGUUAAACGUGGAGGAAACUCAUUCUCUUAUGGUUCUACGAUAAAGUUAGAUGGAUCUAACUAUGAGAUUUGGUCUCGUGUGUUUAUGAUGUCAGUGAUUGGACAUGAGAAUGAGCAUGUUAUAGAAGAAAAUGAGCCUGUCGAAAAGAGUGAAAAUAUGCUUUAUGGAAGGGAGAUAAUAAUAUUGUCAUGUCAUGGAUCAUGAAUAGUGUGCAACCACAAAUCGCAUCAA